CAAACGUUUGUCUGAUCCCCUUCCGGUCAAAGGUCGGAAAUCUAUGCUCUCCACGUGUCGGGACAUUACUGGUCAGUAAGUUUGUCUUUCAGAAGAACCUACUUUUUUUUCUUUCUCUUCCCACUACUAGAAGUUUGAACCACUCCUACUCCUCCACACACCAGAAGGCCUGGAAAGAAAGAAAGAAUAUCUUCACCAAAACGCUUCUUCCUUCCAUUCCUCUGAUUCAGAAGAAGAAAGUGAAAGCAGUACCAGAAGAAGUUUGGUAGGAUCAGAACAUCAAAAAUAGAAAAACUAAUCAUAGACUUUAUUUAUUAAAGAGAUAGAGAUAGGGAUAUAGAUUGUUUUUUUUUUUCUUUCUAGAUGUUUAGUUUUUUAGAGUUACUACUAUUCAAUAGAAAAAUUCUUCUUGAAAUUAGGUUCUGGUUUGAUGCUUGGAGAACAUACAGGUAAUUUUAUUAUUCAAGAUUACAAUUAGUUCUGCUGCUACUACAGUAUGAGUUGUUGUGAGGAAGGAGUAAUUAGAAAACAAGAAGUAGUAUUGAAGAAUCAAACAAAUUCAAAUUCUUCUUCUACUGUGUUUCCUGCUGAGAAGUUUGAUAUUGAUAAGAAAUUAUUAAUUGAUCCUAAAUUACUCUUUAUUGGAGCUAAGAUUGGUGAAGGUGCUCAUGGCAAGGUUUAUGAAGGAAGGUAUGGUAAUCAAAUUAUUGCAGUUAAAGUUCUUAAUUGUGGGAGUAAUCAAGAAGAGCGAGAUGUACUCGAAGGACGGUUUGUUCGUGAAGUCAGUAUGAUGUCUAGAGUUAAACAUGCAAAUCUUGUUAAGUUUAUUGGAGCUUGUAAGGAUCCUAUUAUGGUGAUAGCUACGGAGCUUUUGCCUGGGAUGUCUCUACGGAAGUACUUACUCAGCAUCCGACCGAAACGACUUGAUAUUCGCGUGGCUAUAGGUUAUGCGCUUGAUAUUGCUCGUGCCAUGGAGUGUUUACAUGCCAAUGGGGUUAUACACAGAGAUUUGAAACCUGAUAAUCUCUUACUUACUGCAAAUCAGAAGUCUGUGAAGCUUGCUGAUUUUGGUCUUGCUAGAGAAGAGUCGGUGACUGAGAUGAUGACUGCAGAAACCGGAACAUAUCGAUGGAUGGCUCCCGAGUUGUACAGCACUGUGACAUUGCGGCAGGGGGAGAAGAAACAUUACAAUAACAAGGUUGAUGUCUACAGCUUCGGUAUCGUUCUGUGGGAGUUAUUGACUAAUCGGAUGCCAUUUGAGGGCAUGUCCAACUUGCAGGCUGCUUAUGCUGCUGCAUUUAAGCAAAUGAGACCGAGUCUUUCUGAGGAUAUACCACCUGACCUUGCAUUCAUAGUUCAGUCAUGUUGGGUUGAAGAUGCUAACGUGCGUCCAAGUUUCAGCCAGAUCAUUCGCAUGCUCAAUACAUACCUCAUCACUGUUUUGCCGCCACCACCUCCUCCGCCAGAACCUGCAACUGUCAAGGUGGCUGUCCCAUGUAAGGCCAUCAUCACCGAGUCAUCUGCGCGUGGGAAAGGGAAGUUUGCAUUUCUUCGCCAGUUUUUCACCAUGAAGCGAACAAAAACCAUAUGAUUAAAAGGCACACUGUCUAAGAGCUUCUAGUUUUUCCUACUACAGAAAAAAAGAAAAUGAACAAACCAUCUGACCAAUAUAAUAUACGCAUCCUGCAAAUACUAACCAAGGAUGAACAACCCAGAAAGAAACAGAAGUAGGAAAAGUGAAUCAAGUUAAUCUCUGACCUCUUUUUUUGCUUAUUGUGCACAACUUGUGGUUAUGUAGCUUCAGUAUUCGGCUCUUGAUAUUUUGUACAAUCCAUUAUCACAAAACAAAUUAGCUUCAUUUUACGGUGAAUAGUCGAGUCUUUCGUGUGUUUUUUUC